AUCCAAUCCACCACACAUUGCCACCCUUCUAUGGCGAGCGAUCCCGUCGUGUGUCCCACCAAUCUUGUCCAUAUCACACCGUCUGAUCGAAAUUCAAACAUGGAAGAUUCAAUCAACGACAGCGAUGAUACAGAUGCAGAUAUAUACAAUGGCCAAACUGAAUUUUGGGAGCUGGUAUUUUGUAAAGGGGACACUGAUCAUAUCGAAAAGAUCAUCCACGUUGAUUUGGACAAGGAUAUUGAUUCAACAGAACCAUCUAACGGUUCUGAUUCUAGUUCCAGCAAACAUAAGGAUGCCGAUCAUCGUCGAGGUGAACACGGCGGGACAGACCAUGAUCGAACGGCUCCCGGCUCGACGUUCCUCACUCAAGAAUGUCCACGUGUGCCGAGUUUCUCACGGUUAGUAUCGGCGACGGGCCCGAUCGGAAGAUGUCCGGUUAGAUCUUCUCCUGGGUCAGAUUGCAUCAUCAGGGAUGAGGGUGGCCCAUUUGAAUUCCCAACAUUGCGAAGGGAGUGGAAUGGCAGCCCAACGAGAAUGCCAAACGCGAAUCGCAAGCAAUGGAAGAAGCAACGGCGUUGCAGGUUCUCUCAAGUCUGGUGGCAUAUUUGAAUAGAAAGCAAUUUGGUCUGGCCGUGACCGUGGGGCCCACCUUGAUGUAUGUGCUGUAUAUCCAUGCCGUACAUCCGUUUGGUCAGCUCAUUUUAGGACAUGGGCCCAAAAAUAAAUCACAUUCAAAUCUCAAGUGGACCACACCACAGGAAACAGUGGUGAUGGAAAUCUCACCAUAAAAAACUUCCUAGGGCCCACCGUAAUGCUUAUAUGCCAUCCAACCUGUUGAUAAGGACACAAAAGACCUGGAUGAAGGAAAAAUACAAAUAUCAGCUUCAUCCAAAACUUUGAUGGCCCACAAGAAGUUUUUAAUGGUAGGUAUUCAAUCAACACUGUUUCCUGUGGUGUGGUCCACCUGAGAUUUGGAUAUCCUUCGUUUUCGGGCGCACUUCCUAAAUUGACCCGGCAAAACAGAUGGACGGCAUGGAUGUACAUCUUUUUAGUUUAUGACUCGUUUGGAAUGGGCCCCAUUUUUUGGACGGUUUAGAUUAAGUUAUAAGAUGGGCCACUUGUACAGUUUGUUUUGAACCAUCACGAUGUCUGGCGAUCAAACGUUUUCUCUACGAAGAGAUGUUAGCAUUGCUCGAAAUUAGUGGACCCCUUGUGGAUGGGCCACAUUUCCAAAUUCAUAGGAACAAUCUCAACCAUCCGAUUUCUCUUGUUGGA